AUGUGGCAUCUUAAUGAAGCUUUACGUCCUCAGAGUGUUGUAAAACUUCGAGCUACUUUAUAUGUUUUUCUUGACGCAGGUAGCAACGCUCCCAUUCAGCAUUUAGCGCCUUAUCAAACGAGAAAACGUUUUAAAAUAAAUUUCGUCAAUAAAGUGUUCAGCCUCAGGGCUUCCAUUGAUCCGAAUUAUAAUCACUUUUGGACUAGUUGCCGUCAUCUUAAUCAACGAGGACAUCAUAAUGAGAAAAAGGAGAUGAAAAGUAAAUUAGAAACUGUAUAA